CUCCAGGAGGGGGACAGGGAGUGCACGGCUGCCACACGCCCGCUUCUCUCCACCGCAGCUCGUGCAGCCGUGCCAGUGUCAGGCGGCGCAAGAAUCAAACUUUUCUGUACAUUUUCACGUCACCUGGACGCGAAACAUAAAUCUGGCAUCCUAUGCAAAUAUAUGCUGACGUAAAAGAUCAUGUGGUUUUUGUCGUCGAUCCCCCCUAUGAGCAACGAGGAGGCUUUUUUUUCUCCUCUCUACUGUUGUCUUUAGGUUAGCUAUGCUACAAUCUUUACUGUACCCAGCGCUAGCUAUAUGCGCCCCGCACCGCACCACUCUGGAUAUCUGGGAAUAAUCAACUUCCAGCCUGUCGCACCCUGCAACCGGAGACCGCACACAGAUCCUGUGGGAGAUUACCCAGAGUGCCGCCGGCCCGAGGAUCAUCCAGAGAAGGAGGGAGGUAGAGGAGGACGGACAGCGUUUAGGAGGAGGAGGAGGAGCCUCGAGCGAGAAGACUCAGCCCCCUGCAGUGAAGCCCCUCCCCCUCAGAGGAAGUAAACCUGAGCACUGCUGAUAUCUGUGAUGCCCUCCCAUGACGCCCAGGUUGGCAGCUGACACUGCCAGUGAGCGGGAGACGCCACUGCACAACCGGUCCUGGGCCGGCGCCGUCAGCCGGUUCUUGCCCUCCCUGUCGCACGCUGGAGACUCUUCCACCUCCACCCGCCUACCAGUAUACACAACCAUCAGCUCCGAUCCACACCAGUAAGAUCCCUGUGAUAACCGACACGCUGACGUCCUCAGCCAGUACCACCAGCAGCAGCAGCAGCAACAGCCAAAAACAACAAUAUUGUCAAUCAGCAACACCAGCAAAACCACAAUCAUCACCACCAGCAGCAACAGACAUCAUGUCCAGUCGUAGAAAGUCCUCUAACCCCUGCAUGGUCCGGGUCAUCAGCGACCUGCCUGAAGAGCAAGAUGACCCAGAGGAGGUGAUGGACAUGGAAGUAUUUGCGAGCAACAACAUGGCAGAAAAAGAACAAUCAGAACCAUCUGAACCUGCAGAAAAAAGUCAAGACCCCCAGCAGGAGAAUCUUGUGAAUCCAGGCCAGCAGGUGUUUCCAAAAAAGGUGGAAAACCAGAAUCCUGAGCCGUCAGAACAAAAGGAGCAGUCUGGGAAAGAAGAUCAACCCCGUGUAAUUAAAGACCAAGAAACCAUGGGGGAGAAGGACAAGGAUGAAGCGGAAUCUGACCCAGCCUCCCAGAAGAAGCAGCCUAAAGGGUACGAGUGCAAAUACUGCCCGUUUUCGACGCAGAACCUGAAUGACUUUAAGGAGCACGUGGACUCAAGCCAUCCUAACGUCAUUCUAAAUCCUCUGUACCUCUGUGCUGUGUGCAACUUCAACACCAAGAAGUUUGACUCGCUCACAGAGCACAACGAGAGCCAGCACCCAGGUGAGACAAACUUCAAGUUCAAGAGGAUAAAAACAAACAAUCAGACUAUCUUAGAGCAGACAAUCGAAGGCAAGGACAAUGAAUGCGACAUGACAAAUGAGCAGGGAGAAAGCAACAGCAGCUCUGUGUUUCCACCCUGCAUAUCUACCAUGGUGAAAACCCCGGGGAACAUCCAGGCACUCUUUGGAGGGAGCGAACUGAAGAGCCAGCUGGACGGCUUGAUCCAGAAGGAUCAGAUCACAGCAGUGAACAUCAACGGAACCGUCAUCAUACCUGAACCCACCAUCCUCCAAGGGCUCUCCCAUGUCACCCCGUUGCUCCAGCGCCCACCCAACUUUAACUCUGUACCAAAAAUAGCUGUUCCCUUGAACACCACCAAAUAUAACCCUUCUUUGGACAACAACCUGACACUGAUCACCUCCUUUAAUAAGUUCCCUUACCCGACACAUGCAGAGCUGUCAUGGCUUACGGCCGCUUCCAAGCACCCGGAGGAACAGAUCAAAGUCUGGUUCACCACCCAGCGGCUGAAGCAAGGCAUUACCUGGUCGCCAGAGGAGGUGGAGGAAGCCAGGAAGAAAAUGUUCAAUGGCUCCAUCCCUCCCGCUCAUCACACAUUCACCGUCCUGCCGACAAGCCCCAUCUCUCAGCCGUCUGCCAAAGCCUCCCAGCAGCCUGUCGUCCACACAACAGUCGAGCAUCCAGGCCAUGUCCGGACAACUGCGUCCAAUGGGCUGAAUGUCCACAACAACACCUCCCCUGGCUCCAGCCACACCCUUAAACGAUCCCUGCCAACACACCUAACAACGGUGUUUGGCCCAGAGUCAAAGCGACCCAUCAUGGCGGUCGCCCCCCACUCUGGCGACCCUAAGGACAAGGUCCUAAUGGCUCCGCCUCCACCACCUCCUCCCUACAAAGACCGCCUCCCAAUGGCUCCACCUCCUGUUCCCAUGGAGAUGAAGAGACCUGUAGCACUUCCUCUGGUCACCACAGAGAUGAAGAGGCCAUCCGCUGCCGUGCCUUUAAUGCCACCGCCAUUGUCGUCGUUAUCACCAUCUUCAUCAUCCAAAGGGAAGAUUCUCUCUGCAUUAGGAAACCCCAAAACAAAGCCAGUGGUGUCUCUUCCGUCCAUAGUCUUUCCAGAGUCCUUAACGAGGCCAAUGAUAGCGCCCCCGCCUAUCUUUGCCCCUUCAUUCAAAAACUCUUUACUUCUUCCUCGUGCUGCGACCGCCACUUCCAAAGAAAAGCACCCCAACACUCACACUUUGCCAGCUGCUGAUCCGAAUUUGCCGAACUCCCCUCCACUCAUUACUUCACAGGUAAGGAGGCCACCCAUUAUCCAGUCUAUUCGCGCUCCUGCUAAAGCCCCGGCCCAGAUUCCAGGCUUCCCCUUGGAUGGCAAGAAACUAAAAGAGCAGCAAGGAGUGGAGCUGAAAGCUAUCUACCACAGAGGAGACAAGGUGGUCAGUCCUCUGACAGAAGCCAACGGGACAUCUCGCAUUGACGGUAAAUGGUCCCACAAUCAGACCUCCCCUUCUCACAACAACGGGAUUGUACAUUUGGAUAGUGGGGAGACACCAACAGCACUUAAACCAGAUUUUCAGCAGAAGUCAUCGGUGCUGACCCAGUUCCCUCUCCUCGAGAGGAUGAAAGGAAAAACAGCAAAACAGUUGAAGGUCUUGGAGGAGAACUUCCUACGGAACAGCUUCCCCAGUCACAGCGAUGUGGACAAUCUCUCCACCACAACCUGCCUGUCUCAUCAGGAAAUCGACAGCUGGUUUGUGGAGCGCCGUGCACUUCGCGACAACCUGGAACAAGCCCUGCUCAACUCCAUGGGCACUAAGAGGAUGGGCGUGGGUGGCAUUACUGCCAUCGCUGACAAACAACUGCAGCAGCAGCAGACUCUACAGCUGAAUGGGGUUCACAAACCCAACACUGGUGUGGGCCAUCUUAAAAGCCUCCCUCCAUCUUCGCAUGCUCUGUCCAUGAUUGGUCCUGGCACCAUUGCACCCUCCGUCCCCAACCCAAACUCCUGCUCAGUGCCUCCAGACAGCCGAUCCCUGGCGCUCCUCAAGGACGAUUUUGCUCAAACGCGGUGGCCUUCCCCUGAGGAGUUCAGCCAGCUGGAGGGUCGGAUGGGACUGGCUCGCGCCGACCUUGCACGCUGGUUCACCGACGGCCGGCUGCAGACCGGCAGCUUGGAGCUGGCAGACCUUUUUCACAACAAUGGAGUGAACGGAGGGCAGGGGGUGGCCGUGUGUUCUCCCGAAAACACUCCAUCCGGCAUCAUCCAGCGCUGUCAAGAAGGAGCCCUAACAAACAACAACAGCAGCAGUAAGGUGCUGGAGAUGGAGUUGGGUUGGCUGAUGGACCAACGCACCAAGAGCCAACGGCACGAUGAGCUUCAAGACCGGUUUGCUGGCAGACUGAGACAGCAGAGCGUGGCGGAGCUGAAGAACGGCGGACAGAAUGGGGGAGUCCUCGGAGGAGCUCGGGACGUGUUCGGGAGCUGGCUGGAGGACGGACACUCAAGGAGAGGACGGGAGCUGCUUCUGGACAGGGAGAGGAAGAUGGCAGAGGACGCAUCCGGGAGGCUGACUGGAUAAUCGGUGCGAAUAGGAUUUACCGCCAUCACCGCCGCCGCUGCUGCUGCUGGAAACAUACAGGAGGAAAGGAAAAAAAAAACAAAGAAUGGAGCAACAAAAGAAGAGUUUUUUUAAAUAUAUCAGAUUUUUUUUUUUUUUUUUUAAAUAAUUUUUUGUUUUUUACCGAUUUUUAUCUCUUGAUUGUCGCAUCCCAGGUCACACACAACAUCCUCCUUCCUUGCGUCGGAGCUAAUUUCGACCUGAGGUGGCCCCUCCAACAAAACGAGUUUCAAGUUUUUAUUUCAGGACAGGCGCAAAUAUGCACCCAAAUUGAAAUCCGAAGGAGAAAUUCAGGGUCACGACGUGUGAAGAUAAUUGAAAUUUGCCUCCCUUACAGUGGAUUUAGAAUUGCAGCUUUCAGUUUUUCACAGCAACAUGAGUUUUCUAAUAAUGUUAUUAUCCGAGGCUUCGCUCUGCACGUGCACAGAUGAGGCUCGAUGCACGAACACCAUCAUCUUAUAAGGCAGAAGCUGAUUUCCAAAACGCUGUAAACAAUCGUAGUUAGUGAUCGACUGUGAUACAGGGAGUUCUCAACAUGAUGAAGCUUCCCUUUCAAGUUUCUCUUCAGUAGGUCUGAGUUCAAGCUUUCCCUUAAAGAGGUCGAUUAGAUUUAAUGUGAGUAAUACUUGAAACAUCUCUGAUUUCCAGAGAAUAAAUCUAAAAAAAAAAACAAAAAACAGGCUGUGAAUUCCGUCAAAUUUCAAUAAAAUACCACAUGAACCCGUCACCUCGCUGCAGUGAGGACACUCUGACCUCACAGUGGGGCGGGGCUACAGGAGGUCACCUGAGGUCAGAGGUCAACCAGAGAGAACAGCAACUUUGUAGGCUGGAGCCAAGUUACAUGUUUGAAUAUCAGUAUGGAAGCUUUCUAUUCCAUUAUUUUCAUUUAACUCAAACGUUAUGACAUUUCAACAAUCAAAUUAUUGACUCUCAAAAUACGACCUUUUCACUCAUAAUUUAUACUUAAGUAUGUCAAAUACUGACUUUUAUCACAUAAUUGUGAUUGUAAAGCUUAAACUUUUUAAUUUAUAACUUUAUUCACUAUUGCAUAAUUGUGAAAGGUUAGUUCGUAAUUCUGACUGACCUAAUUUUGAUUUUGAACUUAAAAUUUAACGUUAUUACUUUUACUGGUACUUCUAUGUACAUAGUAGUACUGUUUACUCCUUUUUUUAUCUCAUAUUUUGACUUGCCAACUCAAAAAUGUGACUUUACAAAUUUAAAAUUUAGAUGUUUUGCUUCAGUGUUUGACUGUUUAUCUCAAAUUAUUGACAGUCUCAUAGUUACAAUAUCCUGAUUCCUAAUUUUCACUCAACUUUGUGACGUCUCAACUCACAAAAAAGUCUUUUUAUCUUACAGGCUGGACUUUAAAAGGUUUGAUGAAAUUAUUGUCAUAAGUACAACUUUUUCACAGGUAACUUUGACCCCGUAUGUCAAGUUUUGACUUUCCAUCUCUUUAGAAUAUUGAUUUCAUUUGUCCAGAUUUUUAUUUAGUUAUUUUCUUUCUCAUGAUCAGGAUUUUUUUAACUGAUAAUUUUGACCUGAAAUGUCAUAAUUUUUACUUUUUCUCUGAUCAUUUUGAGUUGUCAUAAUUUUAACUCACUAAGACUUUUUUGGGUUUCACUUUUUUGACACAAAUGGGCUUCCAUAUUUGGCCUCAUUGUGAUGAGAAAUGUUAAAAUCCUUCACCUGCUAUGUAAGCGGAGGCUUUGCUAGUAUCUUAAAGUACAUUUCCAUGGACGCCUCUGUAGCUGAAGGCACAUUAACUCCUCUCUCCUCAUGCUUCCUGACUGUCAAGUAAACACAAAUAAUCUCACCCAAAUAUGAAUAGAAUGUUUCCAUCCACCUGUUUUUAUGUGCAUGGAGAGAAAAAAAAGUGACAAUUUUUUUUUUUUUAAAGAAAGAUUCCUCGCAUUAAUACAUGACACAGUCGUUUGCAUGCAGAAUUGGCUCCAGUGGCUGUUUAUCUUCACGAGCCGGUAAACUAAUAUGCACACAACUGCAGCGGCUGGAUGGAAACUUUGACUCAUGAGCUGCACUUUGUAUGUUAAUGUCCAGAUAACUUCCCUUUAAAAGGAAUAUUUACAGUCGACACAGAGGAUCCAACAUUCCCUAAUAAUAUAAUCAGACAGAUUUGUAUCUUUUAAAAUGCUGUCCUCGCUUUGGUUUUGUUAGACUCCUUGUAAUCAUCCUGAAGUUUGCCUUUAAGAGCAAACUCAGUUCAGGAUCUGCACUUUACCUUAAGUAAAUCCCUGAACUUUCCCUUUAAGUGACCCCGGGGGGCGGCAGCGUUGGGGGGGAUUAAGAGGCUGGGAACUCGGCGGACGGAUGAGGCGAUGUUGUGCGUGACCUGCGUUGCCGCGGAGACGCGAUGAGGAGGGAGGUGAACCGGAGCACUGAAUGUGUGCCUGCAGCAGCAGUCUGACUGUACACACCGACUGACCGACCGACAGGGUGGAUUUAAAACAAACACAUAAAAAAACAAACAAAAAAAAAAAACCAACACAAACGCCGAGUGCCAAAGCUGGGAUCUGCUGCAUUCUCACUACACUUUUGAAAAAAAGGGUUCUUCUUGUUGUUGUUGUAAAUAGGAUAUAUAUGUUUGUUUAUUUGUUUGUUUUGUUUUCCUGUAUUGCUACAGAUUUGUAAAAUUUUGCGAGAAAACUUUUGUUACAUUUUGUAAAAUGGGAGCAACUCGUCCCCCUGAAACGCCCUCCUUUGUUUCCUUUCUUUUUUUUCUCAUCUUGAUGGACUUUUUCAACUUAAAAAAACGGUGCCAGCAGUGGCAUACGUGUGUGCAUUCACUUUAAUUUUUAACCCCCCCCUCACCAAUCUCUCCUCUUUCUGUACUGAAACGGAGUGGAACCACUACAGAAAAAACACACACACAAAAAAAGAAAUAUGACGGACCAGUUGGCAAUACUUCAGUCACUUCUUCUUCAUCUCACCGGCACUGGACUUCCGCCCGCCACUUCCCCGCUGAGAGGAGAGGAGAGGUGGGAGGAGAAAGGGGGAGGAAGAGGGGGGACGUCGCUUCACAUCAAAUCAGAUUUAAAAAACAAAACACAAAAAAAGCACCUUUGGACCUUUUUUCUUUUUUUUUCUUUUUUUACUGUGCUGAAGUGAAGUCAAGUGCUAUUAUUAUAUUAUUAUUAUAUUAUUAUUAUAUUAUUAAUAUUAUUGUAGCCACUCUGUCUGGAACCCUUUUUUGAAGAAAAGCAAAAGAAAACUUAAAAAAAAGAAACUUAAGCCAAUCUGCACUUCUUGUUCCGACGAACAUGCUUGUAUGACCAAGUGACUGUCGUGGAUCUUUGUUUAAAAACCGAUGAGGAACAAAUAACAACAAAAAAAAAAAGAAAAGAAAAGAAACUGUCAACGUGGUGGCAAACGCAGAAGGAUUCAAUGGUAACGAUCUUGCAAAACACACAAACUCGACAGUAAAAAAUCUAGAAUCAUGCUGCCUGAAUCAUACUUUUAUCUCUUUCUCUCUGUUUCUCUUACGCUUCUUCUAUUCGUCUCUCUUACUUUCCACCCUUUCUUCACCUCUGUCUUUUUCCCCACUUCUUCUCUCUUCAUUGAUUGUUUUUAUCUAUCUAUCUAUCUAUCUAUCUAUCUAUCUAUCUAUCUAUCUAUCUAUCUAUCUAUCUUUCUAUCUAUCUUUCUAUCUAUCUUUGUCGUCCUGCACACCAUCAUACACACCUGUAAUAAACAAAAACAAACAAAAAAAGAGAAAUAGCCUUUUAUUCGAUACAUAACUACAUGUUGGCUUGGUAGGCUUAGUUGAAACUAGUUCCAUUCCGACAAAAAAUAAUAAUAGUAAAAACAAAAUAUGAGCUUCUUUAUGUAUUGCUUCUGCCGCUGUAGUGUCCUGGUCAGAUUUAAAGAUGAUAAGACUACAUAUAUCUGAAAUACUGUAUUUACGAAUGCAUCCCAGGGCUGGCCUCAACAAGCAAACAGCAGGGGAGGGAGGGAUUCUCAACUCCGUCCACUUCAGUCAGACGUUUUCCUGCAAAGCUCCGGCUGCUGGUGCGAGUCGAUUUAAAAAAGACAAAAAAAAAAAAAAACAAAUGCUUUUUUUUUCUUUGCUUGAAGUCUUUAAACAUGUAGCGUUCAGCAUCGUUAAAGCUCUCCGGCCCCGCAGAGAGCGCCUCCAGGUGGACGCACAGCCUUAGAAAGCUUCCUAGAGAGUUUUAUUUUUGCAAGUGUAUAGUUUUAAUUGAAUAUUUUUCUGAUGAAUGAUUGAAUGUAUUUGCUUUGAGGGGAGGAGAGGGGGGAGGAGUCCGUGCUGUGGAUUUUACUGUCUGAAUGUUGAAAGAGGAAAGAAUCGAGCACACUAGUGGCAGGCUGGUAAACCAAGGACAGAAAAACAAACACAAAAAAAAUGGUGCUAUAAUUAAUUCUCUGGAAGAUCAGUAGUAGCUGUUAAAGCUCUUUGCAUUCACCUGAAGAAUUCUGUUUGUUGGAUCGCAAAAACAUUGAGUGACUCAAUAAGUAAGUGCCGUGUUUCAGUGUUAGCUUUUGAAAUGUUACGAAAAACAGCAAAAAAAAAAACCCUUAAAAAUUAGUUCCUGUUAGCGACUUUGGCUUAUUCGUAGCAAAAAUUCCAGGCUGCGUAAUGUCGUCAGGAGGUGGUGCUUUAGGCUCCGUUACUCAUGGCUGCAUUAAAGACAGUAGAAGAAACCGCAAAUAAACCAUUCUUGACAACUAUUAAAGGAAAAGUAAGAAAAAAAAUUUUGUUUGUCUAUGGAAAAAAGGAGAACAAGUCUUUAGGACCUUUCAGUCAAUUUUUGGGGGGGAGGAAUUAAAGCCUCAAGAUUUAUCCACACUACAGCAACACAAAUUAAAACGCACAGUACGACUGGUGUGCUUGAGUCCUUCCUUUGGUUUCUUUUAAACUUCCUCUGUUUGCUCAUGCUGAAAUUUAUCUUUGUGUGCACCUGGAUUCCUCAAAAAAACAAGCUUUUGUGCGGUUAGAUUUAAAACCCAGCGAGGUAACGAUUUUCUACAGACGAGGCUGAAACACUGCGUACCCUGAAGUUUGCUCUGAUUAUGGACAUGGUCAGUUCCAGCAUCAAGAAUUAAAGAAUCUUUACAGUCAAAGCUUCAGAAAUUAUCUGUGAAAUAGCGACAUAGCCUGAAAUUAUCCUUUGUUUACAACCCUAAUGCUUGCUUUUCUAUCUAGACCCCAAAGCUGCAACUACAGAGGGUCAUUUGUGCUGCAAAAUCCUUUGCUUCAAAGUGCAUUUCUUGUCUGAUCCAUCCUUAGUGGUCAAGUAAACUUCAAGGGUCUUUAUCCGUCCUCAGCCUUCAGCUGUGUUCAGUUUUAAAAUCAAAAUUUUGUCAGAUAUUUGAACCAAGAAGAAAAAUAGUAAAAGCUCUUAUCUUGUUCAUUUUACUUCUUUCUAUGUCACUAAAGAAGCUUGAGGAAGGAUCUUUCAAAGACAAUCAAGACGUGACUCUCACCGAAAUAUUUUAUUAUUGGGAAAGUGUUGCAGAAAUUUAAAUCGUUCUGACUCUUCGGUCAUUCAUGCCAGAUUGAAUCUCUCUUAAAUGGCUCAGAAAUUAAUGGAAACUUUCUGCAACAUGUUGCAUUUUCUAAUCAAACUGACUCAACUCAUUUGUGGAAAGAAGUAAAAUAAAACAGGAUAACUGCCGUCGACACCGAAACGUUUUAGACAGAUUUCUAAUAUUUAGCGUCCAAGUUCUUUUGGUUUUACUUGUCAUAUCUGUGUAUUUUUUUUUAAAAAGUCUCAGUGUCCCAACAAACUUCACGCAGGAUGAUGGUUUCUAAUGACUUUUUGGGGAAACCAGGGGCUUUAAGUGUCUUUUUCCGGGGAGUUGAGGCCAGCCCUGCUUCAUAACGGAGGAUCUGCUUCUUCUACUACUGCUACUAUCAAACAACCAGCCCUGGACACAGAAACAGGCCCCGACACUCUGUCAAAUCCUCCAGCACUCGACGAGCUGUGUUCAAUUUUUAACUUUGCAUACCAGCAUUUUCUGAAGUCAGAACCCAAAAUUGAUUUGGAGCACCAGCUUGCUUUUGUUCCCAACACAACGGAGACGCUACCAUCGAUCAGCUUGCGGCCCAAAGUCGGGCUGCGCUUUGGGCUACGGGUUCAAAAAAAGGCGUCUUUGGAGUUAAAUAACAAAAGAACAGCCAUCGAUCUUUGUUUUAACACUGUUUGAAAAGUGUUGGAGCUCUGUUUCUGUCGCCCAGGUCAGCAAAACAACCUGUUGAUGUCUGCUGUAUUUCAAUAAAACACAGCCUUUUUCAAAGGGUA